GCAGAUCAGACAGUAAUUCCAGGAGCCUCAUCACUGGUUGUGCUAACAGAAAUGUGUCAUCUAAGAUCCAUCCAGAUUUGUUGGAUGUGUCCAGUAUAAAAUCAAAGUUACAAUUUGUGCUCCAGAGGUGGCCUUACUUGAGCUCUGCACACCAGUAAUUGAUAUUUGCAUCCCCAAAGUAUUUUUAACCAUCAGACUUAAGAAACUCUCUGACUUCAGCUGAUGUGAUCACAAAUCUGAUCUUACCUCAGUCUCUUUGAAGCGCCUUCAUGUUUUGGCAUGCUCAGUCCUGCCUUCUCAGAAUCCAAGAGGUUUCAUAACCACUCGCUUGGAAUUUUCUGUUCAGGAUAUUGUAGCAUUUUUGUGUGGUGACUCAGUCUGUCUUUACAGGUCACGAGGAGUAGGAAUCAUCAGCUCAUUUUAUUAGUUGGUGCCUUCAGCCCCGAGUUUGGGCCAUGCCAGGAUGUUUGUCACUCGACCUCGUCUUGAACUCAUUCCAUGUGCCCAUGACAGGCAGCCAAGUGUUCAGUUCUCUGCGUGGCAGUGCAGGCAGGAGAAUCAAAGUUUGUGAUCCCAGUGUCCCCUCGGAUUCCAGUAUGACAGUCGGGUAGCACUGCUGGACCAUCUCUGCCAAGCUCUUCUCUUAGGAAACGCCACCAACUCCUCACAGCACGGAGGCCCAGCAUGAAUGGCAACUGUGCAGGGGGCACAGACUGGUUGAGAAAUCCAGACUCCAGUUGUCCUGUGGAAAACAGAACUGCAGCAGCCCAUGAGUCAGAUGAAAGUUCUGUGGUGUUAGGAGGUCACAGCCCUGCAGUUCCCAGGACUGAGGGUUUGGAUUCUGAAUGCCGACACAACACUUGCCCAGUAAGUCCCCAGAUCAGUAACAUGCUGUCUGCUCCUGAAGAACCUCACAACUGCCAUAUCCCAGAUGGAAGUAAGAGACAGCUGGAAUAUUUUAAUACCCAGGAACGCCACGGGUGCUGUGCAUUGUCUUCAAGCAGCAGCUCCCAGACAGUAGCUCCAGAGAAAGUGACCCUAGUGGUGGAUGGCACCCGCUUUGCAGUGAAUCCCCAGAUCUUCACUGCUCACCCUGACACCAUGCUGGGAAGAAUGUUUGGGCCAGGCAGAGAAUACAACUUCACCCGGCCCAAUGAGAAGGGCGAGUACGAGAUCGCGGAGGGGAUCAGCUCAGCCGUGUUCCGCACCGUGCUGGAUUAUUACAAAACUGGAAUCAUUAACUGCCCUGAUGGGAUUUCCAUCCCAGACCUUCGAGACACGUGUGAUUACCUCUGCAUAAACUUUGAUUUCAACACAAUCAAAUGUCAAGAUUUAAGUGCUCUGUUACACGAGCUCUCCAACGAUGGGGCUCACAAGCAGUUUGACAGCUACCUGGAGGAGCUGAUCCUGCCCAUCAUGGUGGACAGCGCGAGGAAGGGGGAGCGGGAGUGUCACAUCGUGGUGCUGACCGACGAGGACACCGUGGACUGGGAUGAGGAUCAUCCCCCUCCCAUGGGCGAGGAGUAUUCACAAAUCCUUUACAGUUCCAAGCUGUACAGAUUCUUCAAGUACAUCGAGAACCGGGACGUGGCAAAAGCUGUGUUGAAGGAGCGGGGCCUGAAGAACAUUCGCAUUGGCAUCGAAGGGUACCCCACCUGCAAGGAGAAGGUGAAGAGGAGGCCGGGCGGCCGCUCCGAGGUGAUUUACAACUACGUGCAGCGGCCCUUCAUCCAGAUGUCCUGGGAGAAGGAGGAGGGCAAGAGCCGCCACGUGGAUUUCCAGUGCGUUCGCAGCAAAUCCCUGACAAACCUGGUCACGGUGGGGGAUGAUGUCUCAGAGGACCACGAGGUUAUCAUGCAUCACCCCCCACAAGUGGAUGAAUUGGACAGGCUGAACGCCCCCUUCUCCCAAAUGGUCGUUAACGAUCUGCCGGAUUAGCGAGGCUCAGGCUGGAGAACCCUGCUGGAUGUGGGAACCUCUCGCUGUAGUUUCAGCCCAGCUGAUGGGACACAGACUCCUGCAAGGUGUUUUAUCCUCGUUUGUGCUCUUACUACGUUGUCCUAUUUCAAGCAUGUUAAUAAAGAGCCACACUCCAUAGUCUUAAUUGUGCAAUCAAAAGCAACGUCUCCUCAGACAGAAAGAAAUGACCUGUUGUUUCUACUACAAAGGCUUCUGGAUUGUGGGUGCUGAAUAUUUUAUCUAAACUUCUGAAAGAAGAGCACAAGUGUGUAGAAACGUCUUGUUUGACAUGAGAGAGGAAAUUCAGGGCCUGUCAAGACAAAGCUUUCCUUUACCAUUAGGCACAGCUUUGUUUGGCUGUGAGUUACAGAGGAGUGAACAUCAAAGCAGGACUGAUGAUAUUCUAUAUCAACCAGCAGAAAUGUAGCACAUCGUGACAGCAAAACCCUGAGCAUGGAGAAAUCUGUUUGCACUGCCACCUGGCUUUGGAUCCAGCGUGGUGUACUGCUGCCCUAGGGAAGGAGGAACCAGUUCCAUAGGAAGCAUGCCUGCUCCCAGGAAUUCCCCAUCUGUACUUCUCCGUGAGGUGGAGUCAUUGUUUUUAGGGAUGUUUUCUGUUAAGUUCAGUAAAAUAAGUAGAUCAUGCUGAAGGAAAACCCAAAAGUGACUGUAGCUGAUAUUUUACCAAUAAAAUAAAUCUCUUAAUAGCCAAAUAGAUGUAAGAAGCUUUCUGGAGGUGACUGUGCAUACUGAAGACUUUGAGUUGUCUUCUCCAUUCCCCUGCUAAGACAAAUAAAGCCAGUGGAGGAGAUCCCAUUUUACUACCUGAGUAAAAUCUUAGAAUUGCUGUAGACUCUCCAAGGAGCUGCUAGCUUUAAAAAGCCAGCUGCUUUCUUCCCAAUUUGGACCUGACUGGACUGUUUUGCUGUCAGGCAGGUAAGAAAUACCAGUAGUAAACCAGCCCUCAGUAGAGAAAAAUGCACAUACCUGGGAACAACUCUCCUUUGCUUCUCUGAGUGUAUUAUCCUGAUUUAUGUAAGGCUCUGGGGAUUUGGAUUCAGGGCCAACAAAGCUGUGACUGUAAGAACAGGCACACUCCAGGCUGGGUUAGCUCAGGUGGAUUGGAGCAGCACUGAGUUCCCUGUGGGAGUUCUGUGUAGGAGCUGGCUUAACCCCUGAUGAGCACACAGCGAGUUCUGCACUGCCCCAGCCGAGCUGAGGGCACCCAGCUCUGUGUACCCAAACCAGAGAUUUUAAACGUGGUGCUGGUGCAAAGAAAAGCUGAAACCAUCCAAGGAGAAAGAGAGGGACAGAGCUGCUCACAAAGCUGGGCAAGGCAGUGCUGCUCUGGCAAAGGUGUUGAAACCUGGAUUGCAUGGGUGUUGAGUUACCUGGUCUUGGCAAAACUGAGGUGUGUGUAUCAGUCUGGCCCUAGAAAGUUUAAUCCUUUUUUUGGCAGGGCUGCAACAUAAGCAAAUUUGUUUUGUUCUUCUGACUGCCAAGAGCAUGGUGGAUUGAGCAGUGAAGUUUGCUGCUGGUUGCUGGUUGGUGUUUGUGGUUUUCAGUGCAAGUAACAUAAUGAGAUCAAGCAGAAAAUUUUGGUUGCAAGUAACAAAUCUCUGCCAAGGCACAUUUUAGUUUCCAUUCGUAUGGACACAAGUUCCAUUCUCUCAGUGUUUCCAUUCUUAGUUUCUUUCCCAAGUGCAGCAAGUAGAUCUCUUCUAAAAAGAAGUGCCUAUUGGAAGAUUUCAGGACCUCCUAAGAGUCCCAGGUGUUCAGAUGCCCAAAUUCCACUGGGCUACUUUUGAAAACUCCUCCCUGUGUGUCAUUGGAUCAGUAAAGAGAAGUGUCCUUCGGUGCCUGCACAGAGCUGGGGCGAUGUGCAGACACUCCAGUUUUGCUCCAGAUGAAUUGCUGUUUGUGUGGUAGGGAAAGAAGGACCAUGAACCUCCACCAGGGGCCAGAGCAGCCCCACUCCCUGCCUUGCUGAUGAGCUGCUCCUCGGGACAGACAGAAGCACUGGUGAGCCCAGCAGCGGUGGAACUUCUCCCUAGGCCCCAAGUGCCCAGCAGUGCUGGCCCCCAGGCUCUGUGAUUGUGUUUUCCAGUGUCUAUUUACUUCCCCAGCAGUGUCAGGUUUAAGUAACUGAGUGUUGGUUGCCCAGCUGAGCUGGAAUUGGAGGUUCCACACGUCCUGCUCUAAGGACUGAAGUGUGGCUGCUGUUCAGAGCUCCUCAGGACGGUGUCAAGGCAUCAGUGCUGAGGAUUGCACCUCAAGGCACCUUUUGGGACCUGACAGCUCAAGUACCAUGUCCAGCCAAACCAAAUCCCACCCAGUGUGUCCCUGAGCCCAGGGUCAGCUCAGCCUCGGGAAGGACUCAGUUUAUUCAACUGCACCAGGCCCUCUUGGGAGUUACAGGCUGUCAGUGCCUGUAGGGGCUUGUGGUUCCCUGUGCAAUCAACUGGACCUUCAGCAUGGGAUGGACAUUAUCCAGCUCCCGUGAUUUCCAGGCAGUUUUUACCACUUACCCACUGUAGUUUAUUGGCUUUCCCAAGUAAUUAUUCAUUUUGGAUUUUAAAUUUUGUUAGUAGAGUGAGUUCCAUUGGAACACUGAAUCAAAUUUUAAAAGUGUUUGCUUUUCCUCCUCUCACAGUCACCUACUUCAAGUACAAGGUCAACUUUUGUCUUACUCUAGAUGUACUGAAGUGCUCCUGUGCUGUGUAUGAACCCCAGAUGUAUGGUUUCUUUUCUGUAUUAAAGUAUAAAUUAUAUGUGA